CACCUCUUCUUUUGUGUAUAUAACCUCCAUCCUCUUACACUGCCAAGUACCAACUCACUGUGAUCCUUUCUAUCUCUAACACUCUUCUCCAAAACCUCUUCACUCAGUUAACAAUGGCAGCCAUGGCCACCACAACCCUCACCUCCUCCCUCAUUUCCAACCCAAAAUCCUCAUUCUCCUCCUUCCAUGGAAAACCCAUCUCCACCCGCACCACCUCCAUCAAAUCCACCACCCAACAAAACACAACCACCAUCUCCAUGUCCUUGAACUCCCCUGCUUACGAUCUCGAAGCCUUCAAAUUUGCACCCAUCAAGGAAUCCAUCGUCUCACGUGAAAUGACCCGCCGCUACAUGACUGACAUGAUCACUUACGCCGACACCGACGUCGUCAUCGUCGGCGCUGGAUCCGCCGGCCUCUCAUGCGCCUACGAGCUCAGCAAGGACCCUUCCAUCAGCAUCGCCAUCAUUGAGCAGUCUGUCAGCCCCGGCGGCGGCGCGUGGCUCGGUGGCCAGCUCUUCUCCGCCAUGGUGGUCCGUAAGCCGGCUCACCUCUUCCUCAACGAGAUCGGCGUCGACUACGAUGAGCAGGAGGACUACGUCGUGAUCAAGCACGCUGCCCUGUUCACCUCCACCAUCAUGAGCAAGCUUCUGGCGAAGCCGAAUGUGAAGCUGUUUAACGCGGUGGCGGCCGAGGAUUUGAUCGUGAAGGAAGGGAGAGUUGCUGGGGUGGUUACCAACUGGGCUUUGGUGUCAAUGAACCAUGACACACAGUCAUGCAUGGACCCAAACGUUAUGGAGGCUAAGAUUGUUGUGAGUUCCUGUGGCCAUGAUGGGCCCUUCGGUGCAACUGGAGUAAAGAGGUUGAAGAGCAUUGGCAUGAUCGACAGUGUUCCUGGAAUGAAGGCACUGGAUAUGAACACAGCUGAAGACGCUAUUGUUAGGUUCACAAGGGAGGUUGUACCAGGAAUGAUAGUGACUGGCAUGGAGGUAGCUGAAAUUGAUGGUGCCCCAAGAAUGGGUCCAACUUUCGGUGCUAUGAUGAUAUCUGGGCAGAAAGCAGCCCAUUUGGCGUUGAAGGCAUUGGGGAAGAACAAUGCUAUUGAUGGAACAUGUGAAGCUGUGAGGGAAGAGCCAGAGCUUGUUUUGGCUUCUGUUGAUGCUGAGGAGACUGUUGAUGCGUAGAGCUUAUAAUUUAGAUUGUUUUAGAUUUUUUUUCCUUUUUUUUUUCUGGUUUACCCCCCUGUCAAUGAUAUGAAUUUUGGGAUAAAUAAAGCAACUGUGAAUGAAACCCGUUGUUUCAUCUUUGCAUUCA